AUGUUGGACAUGGGCGAUAGGAAGGAAGUGAAAAUGCUGCCCAAGUCGUCCUUCAGCAUCAAUAGCCUGGUGCCCGAAGCCGUCCAGAGCGACAACAACCAUAGCCACCAGCACCAUCCUCACCACCAUAAUAACCACCACCCGCACCAUCACCACCACCACCAUCACCACCACCACCACCCAGCCCAGCCGCCGCAGCCUCAGAGAGCCACCCCAGCUGAGGACGACGAGGAGGAAGAAAAGAGCCAGCUCCUGCUGCAGCCCCCCGGGGUGGGGGCGGCCGCAGCCGCCGAGCUGGACGACAAGGAGAAAGGGCCGUCGGAGGAGAAGAAGGGGGUGUCGGAAGGGGCCAAGGAGGCCGGCGGCGGGGAUGGCGGGGGAAAAGAGGGCGAGAAGAAGAACGGCAAGUACGAGAAGCCGCCCUUCAGCUACAACGCGCUGAUCAUGAUGGCCAUCCGUCAGAGCCCGGAGAAGCGCCUCACCCUCAACGGCAUCUACGAGUUCAUCAUGAAAAACUUUCCGUACUACCGGGAGAACAAGCAGGGCUGGCAGAACUCCAUCCGCCACAACCUCUCGCUCAAUAAGUGCUUCGUCAAGGUGCCGCGGCACUACGACGACCCGGGCAAAGGCAACUACUGGAUGUUGGACCCGUCCAGCGACGACGUCUUCAUCGGGGGCACCACCGGCAAGCUCCGGCGACGUUCCACCACCUCCCGGGCCAAGCUGGCCUUCAAGCGAGGCGCCCGCCUGACCUCCACCGGCCUGACCUUCAUGGACCGGGCGGGCUCCUUAUACUGGCCCAUGUCUCCCUUCCUGUCCCUGCACCAUCCGCGGGCCAGCAGCACGCUGAGCUACAACGGGAGCACGUCAGCUUACCCCAGCCACCCCAUGCCCUACAGCUCGGUCCUGACCCAGAACUCCUUGGGGAACAACCACUCCUUCUCCGCCUCCAACGGCCUGAGCGUGGACAGGCUGGUCAACGGCGAGCUGCCCUACGCCACUCACCACCUCACGGCGGCGGCCCUGGCCGCCUCAGUGCCCUGCGGCUUAUCGGUGCCGUGCUCGGGCACCUACUCCCUCAACCCCUGCUCGGUCAACCUCCUGGCGGCCGGCCAGACCAGUUACUUUUUCCCACAUGUCCCUCACCCCUCCAUGACUUCGCAGAGCAGCUCUUCCAUGACGGGCCGGGCCGCCUCUUCCUCCACCUCGCCGCAGGCGCCCUCCACGCUCCCGUGUGAGUCCUUAAGACCCUCCUUGCCGAGUUUCACCACAGGAUUGUCGGGGGGACUUUCUGAUUAUUUCACACAUCAAAAUCAGGGGUCUUCCUCCAACCCGUUAAUACAUUAA